GGAACACGAUGCGAUUCGUCAUAUGCGAGUUCGUGAACGCCGCCGCGUCUGUCUGCAUCGUGGCCUGCGCCCCCAAUCCCCUCAUCUUCAGCUGCGCGGAAGGGGACAACGCUCUCUUCAGCGGUUGGCAGCUAUGCAUAUGCAUGAGCAUGAACGCAGAUAUGGACAGAAGAGGGGAUAGCUUGUGCCGCCCGCGCCUGUGCCUUGUGCCUGACGAAGGGUCUGGCGCCAAUGCUGACUGGCCCCCCCCCCCAGAGCGAAUGAAGGUGAUAUUGGGAGCUGAGUGCA